AUGGCGGCACCGGUGGAGAAUUACAAGAGGUAUAGGAAGUUGGCGUUAAAGCUGGUUAAAGCUAGUUGUAAAUUAGAAUUUUUAAAAGAAUGUUUAAAUAAUAAGGUGUAUCCCAUGUCGAUUUACCGAAUUAGCAUCCCUAAGGAAUGCCGUUCUCUAAAAAGUAGGUUCUGUUUGGCGUGCCUCAAAAAGUCUAUUAGAAUAGCCAAAAACAAAAAGUAUGGGAUACUGAGUGAGCUUAUUUGCUUGGAGGACACAAUAUAUAAUGAUGAUCCGGCCAAACUGAUUGAUAUCAAUAAAAGGGUGGUGGAAUUGGCGGAAGCUGUUUGUAGGAGUUCCAAUAAGCAAUAUGUCAAAAAGUUGAAAUGGAUUAUUCAUAAGCAAGUAAGAAGAGAUAAUAGGAAGAACCUUAGUACUUUCUAUGUAUGGGACCAGAUAGAAAUACCAAAGAAAAUCGAGCAGGUUCUGGAGAAAGGCCCGAACUUUGUCCCCACUGAAGUAGAUGGUUGGGAGACGUCAGUACAGAAGAUUGAGAGAGGGAUUGUUGGACUGGAUGCAUUAGAAAAGGAAUAUUUUAGAUGGAAAGCGGUCAUUAACAAACGGCCGAGGAACAGGACAGAUGGUAUUAAUAGUAGAGACAUUUGGCUCACGAAGGAGUGGUUAAGGAUUAAUGAUCUUGUGUUGACAAGAGCAGACAAGACUAAGCAUUUGGUUAUCAUGAGAAGGCAUACUUAUAACAAGGAGUUGCAUAGUUACAUCAGAAAGACGGAAUGUGAAAUUGUUGGCGACAAGAUAGUUGGAACAUUGGACAGAAGAGUCAGGAGGCUGGAGCGCUCGGGACUUUCUGCUGUUUUACCUUUUCUCAAGAAAUGCUGGAACCCAAGGCCCGGAACUCCAAGAUUGUUUGCUUUCGCUAAAACCCACAAGACCGGAAUGGAGUUAAGGCCAGUUGUAGAGAAAUGCAGAGGACCCACCUUUAUAUUAGAAAAAAGGCUGCACGAAUAUUUAUCCUCACACCUUGAUGAUGAUAGUCUAGUGGCACAAGAUCCUCUUAUUGUUGUCAAGGAAAUACAAGGUAUAUCUUUAAUGGAAGAUGAGGUAGCGACCGUUUUAGAUUAUGAAAGCAUGUAUCCUUCAGUAAUGAUUGAGUCUUGCGUGGAUGCGUUAUUGGAUUUCUUGUACAUAAAGAACUCCCAAUUGCAUCUUUACACCCAAGAGCUAGAAGAACUGGCUAAACUGGUAUGCUAUGAGUCAUGCUUCGCAUUUUGUGGUCAGGGUUCCGAUGGGAAGUCCCCUCUCAGGAAUCCUUUGCGAAUUAGUUGUCAGAAGAAUAGAAAGACGGGUACUUCAUAG